AUGAAAGUUAAAUUAUUUUUAUUAAUAAUUUUAACUUUUAUUUGUAGCAAAAGUGUCGUAAAGUUUAUAAGAUUAAAGUUUUCAAAUGGUAUAACGGGGCCAUCAGUGGCUUAUAGCAAUUUAAAUUGUUUCCAACAAUUAUCAGAGCUAGAGUUAACAAAUAUUAGAAUAAAUUCAGAUGCAUUUGGAAAAUUUAAUGAAAAAAAUGUUGCCAAAAGAUUGUAUUUAUAUAAUGACACUUUUGUUGAUGGUAGAAUAUCAUCUGUAUCAAAUUCAGUUUCACUAACUACAGAGUUAAUUAAAAUGACAAUUAAUGAUAAUUCAAAUUUACUUUCAAUUGAUUUGAGAGAGAUCAAAAAUUUAGAUUAUUUUCAGCUUUUAUAUUCAGAUGAAUUAACAUAUUAUCCACCAAUAGAAAACACCAUUGAUCCUUUUGAUUCCACUACUAUUUCUUUUACGACAUUAUUUAUAACAGCAAAUAUGGUGCCAUCUCUUUCUAAUAUUAAAUGUACAAAUGCAUACUUACAGUUAGUGAAUGCAGGAUCCGCUACAUCAUUGGGUAAUUUUAAUACUUACCAGUCUAUUGAUUCUUUGAAUCUAUUUUUUGAUGAAGAUAUUUUUUAUCCUACAUCAUUGGCCGUUAGCGGAAUAAAAGAAUUAACAUUAGGAGGUACAAUUGAUGGUUCACGAGCUGGUCUAUUAAAAGCACCAUCCUUACGACUAACCCUUCCUUCACAAAUCCAAUCUUUGUCAAUUUCAAAUUCGCCCGAUUUCAAUAUAGAUGGAGACCUACCCUUUGGUGCAUAUCCAAAUACACUAAAAGCAUUAUCUGUUGGUAACUUGGGUUUAAAAAAUUUUCCAUUUUAUCUACCAGUAGGUAUUGAAAGAUUACUAUUAAGUGGUAAUAAUUUUGCAAUAAAUGGUCCAGUUUCAUUACCAGAUCUUUCAGUGUAUAGUGCUCUCUAUGAUUUAUAUUUAGUUAAAUGUGGUUAUACUUCAACGAUACCAGAAUCAUAUGGUAAAUAUCGGGUAUAUUUAGGUGAAAAUGAUAUCAGUGGUUAUUGGCCUCAAUGGGCAGUGUGUUAUAAAGAAGAAUAUGAUGAAUGUUUUGACAAUAACCCAAAAUUAAUUCAAGGAACUUGUGAACCUGGAUCUAUUGUACCAAAUAUUUUAGAAUAUAAUCAAGUUAGUAAGAUUUUAAAGUUAACAGGUAAAAAUCUCGGAUUCUAUGGACCAGUUCUCAAAGAUAGCAGUAAACAGUUCACUGUCGAGGUACCACAAAGUUCAUAUUAUUUUGAGUGGGAUCCAGAUAGUUUAGGUGUUUUACCAGAUACUCUUCAAAUUAAUUUUGGUUUUCACGAACUCACUGUUGCAACUAAAGUAUUAACACCAAAAAUUCAAACUAUUACAAAACUUGGCAAAAAGUAUACAUUUGCCGGAAUUAAUUUCUCUUAUGUUAAAAGUGAUUUCAAAAUCUUUGUUUCUGGUGUUCCAGCUACAAUUAACUAUAUAGAUUUUAAUAAAAUUGAAUUUGAAUUCAAUUCUCCAUUGCCAUUGGGUCAAGAUAUUUCUGGGACAAUACAAAAUGUCAAUUUGAAUGAAAUUAUUAAAUUUACAAUUAAUACAGUCGAUGAUAAAACAACAAAUAUUCUUACAUGUACAUCAGAUUGUGGAAGUGACUCGGGGCUAGGUAAAUGUUCAAGUAGUACAGGUAUGUGCAUUUGUUUAACACCAAAGUAUGGCGGUGAUCAAUGCAAAACUAUUACCCAGUUCUUAUCAUCUGCUUCAUCCACCACAACCGAAGGUGGUUUAGUAAAUUUAUAUGGUUGGUUCGGUGAGACCAAUAGUAACUUUAAUGUUAAAAUAGGUAGCUCAGAUUGUCCUUACCAUUUCGUUAAUAGUACUUUCUCAAACUGUACUAUUGGCUCAGGUUCAGGUACACAAUCAAUUACAAUUUCCCAAAAUGGAAUUACAUGGGUAGGCCAAAAUAUGUUCCAUUUCGAUGAAAUAACCUUUAAAUGUCCCAAAAACUGUUCAUCAAAUGGUCAGUGUAUAAAAACAACAGGCCAGUGUAAAUGUUUUAGCGGAUGGGGCGGUUAUGAUUGCAAUUCAAAAACAUCAUCUGAUACAUCUACAACAGGAGGCUCCACAACAACCACAACUAGCGGAGGUAGUUAUGAAACACCUUCACCAACACCUUCACCAAUCGAAAUUCCUAAAUCAAAUACAACAAUCAACGAAACAGUUGGAUCAGCAGUUAUUUCUAAUCAACAAACCUCAUAUGAAAUCUCAAUCUUAUCAUUGGUCGAAAUAGAUAUUUUUGAUAAUAUUGUUAUUAUUCACAAUUUAACAAAUAAUUGGGGCUCUGCAGAAACCAAUAGCAACAAUAUUUAUAAAUUUAAACAGAGUAUUCAAGAGAAUUGCACAAUAAUCUAUACUAUUGAGGAUAUAAAGGCAUCAAGAGAUUACCAAUUUGCAGGUUUGGAAUUAACUUUAGAAAAAGAUUCAAUUAAAAUAACAGUAACUAUCGAAAACUAUCCAUUUACAAGUGCUCUUAACAAACUUCAACUUAGACUAGUAUCAUCUGUAGGCGAAAAUAAGGAAUCUUCUCAAUCAAAUAACGAAUGUAAUAAUCAAAACACUGAAAUUGACUCAUCACAAAUAGAUAAAGACCAAUUAUUAAAUUAUGUAACCAUUUCAAAAAAUCAAAAAUUAUUAUAUGGCAGAUUCAUAAAUAGGGUACUUAGUGACACAAGACAAUCAUUUAUAACAACAUCUAUAAUCUCAGACACAAUCACAAAUAGUAGUAACAAAGAUUCAUUUAUUAUUGGUCUUAAUUUACCACAUUUCACCACAUCAUUAACCAUCGACCCGGAUUUUUCAGUUCUUGUUUCGCCAUCUUAUAAAAAAUGUAAUUCCGAUGGCACUGAUAAGCGUGCAAGUUGGGUAUUACCAGUUGCAAUUGUAGUCCCAUGUGUCGCUGUAGCCGCUCUCGUUAUUAUUGGUGCCGUUUUAUAUAACAAGAACCGUACGAAAAUUCUAUUGGCCAAAAACAAAUAUACAUAUUCAUUGAAAUCGCUAUCAAGAAAAAAUAAAGACGAUUUAUAUAUGCCAAGAAAAGAAAAAGCAUAA